GAGGAGCCUGUGGGGUGUGGGACUCCAGACAAAGGAGACAUAUACACACUGACACUGGAUAACUGGAGACGCAGACAGCUGCACAGCUUCACUUUCCGCACACGAUCCUCAACUCCUGCACCACUUUUCUCUCUGUGUGUUUUGGAAAACUUUUUUUGGCCGUGUGUGUUAAAAGGGGACAUUGUGUGUGUCAGCUGUAUGGCUCUGUUUUGUGAGCUGAGAGAUACUGUGUUGGAACUGUGGUGGUUGUCUUCUGCUGCUUGUAGUGUGAAGUAGUGUGCAUGUGAGUGUGUAUGAGUGAGCAUGAUCGGGAUGGGAAAGGGGGGCUGGCUUGACCAACUGCUCUGGUCUUAGCUUUGCGCCAUGGGGGGUUGCCAUAGUUACCCCUCGGCGACGGAGGCAGACAGCAAGACUCUCCAGCCUUCUGACAUCAGCAAUGACAAACUGGGAAUUAACAACAAUAAUCUGGAGGAGCGUCCGUAUCUGCAGCAGGAGAAUGUGUGCCAACAGAUCACACACACAGACAUGUUGGUCCUCACGGCACUGCCACCAGGCGUAGACAACGCUGAGUGGCUCGCCAGCAACACGGUGGCAUUUUUCAAGCACAUAAACCUGUUCUCCAGUGCACUGUCCGAAUUCUGCACGCCCACCACCUGCCCAACUGCCUGUGGACCUGGCAACAUGAUUUAUGUCUGGACUGAUGACCACGGCCGGAAGCUGAAGUGCUCGGCUCCGCUUUACUUUGACUAUGCCAUGUCUUACAUUCAGGACCUACUCACUGAUGAAGAUGUGUUCCCCACAAAAGCAGGUUCAGCGUUUCCAACAGGUUUUGUCUUUCUGGUCCAGAAGGUGUUUUUGCUGUUAUUCAGGACCCUGUCCCACAUUUACUGGUCCCACUACAGAGAGACAGUUGCUCUGGGUCUGCAGGCGCAUCUCAACACACUCUUCACACACCUUACGCUCUUCUGCCAGCAGCACGCUCUGCUCGAGCCGGAAGACACCAAGCCGCUGCAGGACCUCAUCGCAGCUCUCGGAAAGCUAGGCUGAAACUUAAGAGGACACAAACGCACAUUUUCAUCACAUACUUUCUGAUUGUGAUUCUAGUGUCUCUGAUCUCUCUGGGCCAAACUUCAACUUUAUUCACAGCAUGGAUUUUUUUAAUGGUCUGGAAGUUUUAUCCAGUUGUAUAUAAUUGUCAUCAGUUAUUCUAAUAAUGUGUAAAACAUUAAUUGUGCAUGUUUGUGUAUUUUAACAUAAUGGUGCAUUAUUUUAUUUUGAUAAGGUCAAGAUCUUCAAGGUCAAUCACGUGUUCCUCGUUGACUUAACACAGGAAUCCUUUAGAUAAACAGUUGUCACCUGACUCAGACAAUUUACAGUUAAUAUGAACAAAAUGAUAAUAAUUUCCACAAACCUAUAACGGUGGUGUGUCCAUGCAAAUGUGAUGACAUUAUUGUGGCUGCAUCUAUAUUGAAUGGCACAGCUCAUCUCUUAAUGUAUGACUCUGAGCUCUGUAAUGAACAUUAAAGAAGGACACUUUUCUGGA